CAACACAGAGAAAAAAAAUGGUCUGGGCCACACAGCUGCUCUUAUCUGACCCACAUGCUGCACUCAAAUUGGUCUUUAUGUGUCCAGAAUAUGGGCCACAUCUCACAGGUUUUGUUGUUUUGUUGACCCUGACAGACACAUACCACCCAUGCCUGGUAUCUGGAGUGAAGACCACAUUCUUAUUGGAGGAGAAAUAAUGAGGAAGAAGAAGAAGAAGAACAAAAACAUAAGUAGAAGAAUGAGAGGAAUAAGAAGGAGGAGAAGAAGAAAACUCCUCCUCCCUUUAGCACUCCCUCUCCUGGACUUUAUAAAGACCAGCUCUGACUUCACUGCUGCUUUGACUCUUCACUCCCUGAAUCACACCAGGAUCCCUCCAGGAUUUUCAGGUUCCUCCAGGAUUUUCAGGUUCCUCCAGGAUCUUCAGGUUCCUCCAGGAUCUUCAGGUUCCUUCGGGACACGGUGGUUCCUGUAGAAUCUGAAGACUUGUCUGAAGACUUGGUGUGAAGUUUUUGUUUUGUUCCAGUUUUUUUGCGGCUUACUUUUCCACACAUCGACAAACAGUUGUAGAAAAUGCAGCUAACAACAGUUUGCAGCCCCCGAGGAUCAGCAGCAGUUUUUCUGAUCCUGGUUCUACUGACGUGGAGUCAACAGGUGUCUUCAGGACCACUGGCGUCUGAGACAAAGUCCAGCCCAGACCUCGGGCUGGACUCCAGGCCCCAGGUUCACAGAGUGGCACGGAUGACGCCGCUGUGGAGGAUCCUGAACAGCAAACCCUUUGGUGCCUACUGUCAGAACAACUAUGAGUGUUCUACUGGGAUCUGCAGGGCGGGACACUGUUCGGCCAUCCAACGCUCACAGUCUGGUGCUGUAAAAUCUUAAAUCAAUCUCCAACAAAUCCUCAUCGUGUCCUCGGUACAACCUCAUCACGAUGUCAUCAAAUCCUCAUCGCAUCACCGUCAAAUCUCACCGGACUCUCAUCGAAUCAUCAUAAUCAAAUCCUCAUUUCAUUCUCAUCAAAACCUCAUGUCCUCCUUAAAUCCUUUGCACAUCAGGACUCUGUUACAUCUUCAUCUCAUCCUCAUCAAAUCACCACAGACCACAACCAAAGAAUUUGACCCUUGAAUACCAUCACAGAAAAUUGACUCACAUUAUAAGAAAAAAAGAAGAAAAAACAAAAAGGAAAACAACAAACACCACAAAUAUGCUGAACAUUCAACAUCAAUGAAUGUUAUCAUGAAUAGUUUAUAUUUAAAGGGAACAUCAGUGAAGGAUACUUUUAUAAUUUGUCCAAAUAAACACGUUUGUGACAGAUUAAUUUUUAUUUCACUAUAUAUAUGUUUGUUUUUCUCUGAGAUGUUUUAGUGUUGUUCUUAAGUAUUGCAGUAGAAAAUGCACUUUUAUACAGAAUUGUCGUUGUACUGUUUCCUCUCUCUGUUCAAUGUACUGUCAAAACUAAUUAAAGCAGAAAAGAAACGAAA